GCCGAGCGCAGCCAUGGGCAAGAGCCGCGCGCGGCGGUUCCGCCGCCCAGCCCUCGGCCCCGCCGGGCCCGCGCAGCGCCCGCACGGCGAGCCCGGCCCCGAGGAGGAGCCGGCGGCGGAGCUGCUGGACAAGCUGCAGCAUCCAAGUGCUGAAGUGAGAGAGUAUGCCUGUGCCAGUAUUUCCAAGCUGUUGCAGCAGAAGCAUGUCAUCCCAGCCUUCCUGCAGAGGGACGUUGUGCGGUGUUUGGGGCCGUUGCUGAUGGAUCACAGCUUAGCUGUUCGGGAAACAGCUGCAGGUGCUCUCCGAAAUCUAAGCGCUUGUGGAGGAUUUGAAGUCUGUGAUGACAUGGUGACAAAGGACAUUAUGACACCCCUUGUUGCACUUCUGAAAGAGUGUAGCACUGAGUUAGAUGCUAACCAGCUGUCUCCAAAGAAAUGCAGAGAGACAAACAAAAAUUAUAUUGAAGACAUAGCCAAUGAAGCUAUUAAUUUGCUGUGGAAUAUAUGUGAAUGCAACAACACCGCCGUGUACAUAUUCAAUAAAGAAGGGUGUCUGGAGGCUGUGUUACAUUACAUGAAGAAAUUCUCCACAAAUGUGGAUCUGGCUAUUUCAGUAGCAAACUGUUUGCAGGCGGUGACAGAAGAUAAUCCAGACCUUCUUUCUUCAUUUAAUGCUUCUGCACAGCAAGUAUUGGAAACAGUGAUGUUGUGUGCAGAGAGCACAAUGAAGCAUGUCCUUCUGAGAACACUGAUAGCAGGCACUAUCUGGAAUAUCAAGGAUACCAUUCCACCAGGCAGCCUGGGAAGCAUGGUUAAUGCGAUCCUGAAGAUUUUUUCAGAAUCGUUAGCAAUAGAUGCUGGUGAAACAAUUAUUCGUAUGAAUGAAGCUGAAAAAAACAGGUUAAAACUUACUGUGGAAGCAGAAACAGAGGAAAACAUGAGUGAUGUGGUGGACAACUGUGUUUUGAGUGAAGAUGAUAACAUGGAAGAAAUACCAAAAGGAAAACUCAGGAGAGAAAAUGAUGUUUCAGAUUUACUUCCGUCUGAUAAGUGGGAACUGGAAGAAGUGACAGCUUUACUGACGGCUCAGCAGACUGCUCUGGAAAUCAUUGUUAAUAUGUGCUGCAGUGAAGAUCCCUCUGAUGAUGAGUGGGAAGAACUCUCCAGCAGUGAUGAAAGUGACUUGUUCAUGGAAAACUCAUACAAUGAGGGAGGGGGGCUGCUGAUGACUCCCCUGUGCCUCUCUGAUGAGGUUCACUCAGCAUUUCUGAACAACCUCAUUCCAAAGAAGAUUCUUGAAAAAACUGCUUUUCCGAACAGUGUUGCUCUAGACAUCUGUAUGCACAAUCCGUCUUGGAAACCAUUAAUUAAAAAACUGAAUGCAGUGCAGUGCAGAGCUUUAACAUGUCUUCAUAGCAUUUUGCUAGUGUCGGAUGUGGAUUGUCUUGGAGGAGCUUCAGCACUUCAGUCCCUUUCACAGCAUCUCUCACAGCUGAUCUUUUCUAAAACAGAACUCCCUGCAGACACAGAAUUCCUGGAAGCCAUAACCAGUGCUUUGAGGGCUCUCCUGCAAACAACGGCAUCAAAGAACAUCUCCCAGUGUAUGACUCCUGAGCAGCUGUUGGCUUUAUGUGAGGCUGGUAUUCACAGCAGCAAUGCCAGUGUUAGAGUGAAUGCAGUGAGCAUCCUUGGAAUUUCUGGCAGCGUCCUGGCAAAAGGACAAGAUACAGCUGAAACGCUAAAGAUGAUUGGAAAAUUUCUUCUUGAAGUUGCUAUGAAGGAAUCUUCUCUUGUUGUAGCAGGGGAAGCCUUGGAUGCACUUUUUGAUGUAUUUGCAGAUGGUAAAGAAGCAGAAAAGGCAGCGGUGCAGAUCAAGUUGCUUCCAACACUGAAGGAAUUUCAGCCAGUGUUCAGAACAAGGAUGCGAAAAGAAGGCAAAGGACAAUAUAGUGCUGAUCAACUGUGUGUUCUUGACAAUGUGAGGAUGAAUUUGAGAAGAUUCAUUGCAUAUCAGGAGACACUAGGGAAAACUCCAACUUGAAACAUCGAGGGACUUUUAAGGUUUCCCUUAUUGAGUAAUGUUUUCAAAAAUAUAACCAUUUUGAACUUCUAAAAUUUACUGAGCAGAGCAGUUUUGCUUUAAUGUUAAUACUACAUUUUGUAAUGUUCAGUAUUUUUAUACACUUGGGUUGAUGCAAUGUGAAAGUCAUACCAGCAUAAAAAAACCUGUAGCAUACUCUGAGAUGGUUGCAGUGAUAAGAAGGUGCUCCUGCAGCCCUGAGGUCUGUACACAGCACCACUGUCGUCAUUUAGAAGUCUUCAUGUACCCUGGCAGAAAACUACAAUUGCAUGAAAAGGUAAUUUAGAGAAUAUUCUCGGUGAUGUGCCAGAUCAGGAAAAAAAAUUAAAAAGCUCAGGAAAUACUUAAGGGAAUCGAGCAGUGGCAGAAUGUUCAUAUUUGCUGUUUGCUCUUACCUGUUCCUAGAAUUGCACAGGCACUUAUGGCAGGCUUCCCAAGAGAAGUUUGUGACAAGUGUGUGUAGAUUCCUGUCAGCACUUGGUUCUGUUAUUUCAUGAGGUUUGUUGAGGAGAAAACUGUUUCAGAUUCAUUCAUGAUAAAUUCACUAUGAUAGCUUUUUGCUGUGGAAAUCUGUGUAAGCAGAUCCUACAGUUAGACACAGCUCCCUGGUUUUACUUUAUUUCGAUUGGUGUUUCUGAAAAUCAAAUCUCCUAAUUUACAUUCUUCCUUGUAAUUCUACGUCAGGGUGAAUUUGAAUUCAAGGAAGUAAUAAGCCAAAUAAAAAGCAUUUUUUAUAUUGAGGUAUUACCUAAAGUAAGUUUAUAAUUGCUUAAAAUACCUUUUAGAAAUAUUUGUAAUGGAGAUUUUUAAGCUCUAAAAUACAGAAACUGUUAUUUUCAAAAAAUGUCACCAAUUCUUGAAGAUUGUAUGUAAACUUCCAUAUAUCAAGAACUUUGGUUUUGUUUCUUUGAAUGAGAUUCUCUCAUUCAUUCUCAUACACAUUUUUCUCAAGAAAAAAAAACCAAAACACAACCAAACACAAAAGUGUUUUGUUGUGCUGCAUUUUGAAAUAGGAGGGGGUUUUUUCCCUCUCUUUAAAUGCACUGUCUUAGCACAGGCAUAUAGUUUUUGGCAAAAUUUUGCCCAUGGUGUUAAGCAUGGAACUUUUAAAGACCAAAUUUGCUCAGUUUGUUAGAUUUCAGUCUCUAAGAUUGGAAAGCAGACUUGGGAGCUGACUGGAUAACUUGCAAAUGACUGACUUUAUGAAAUCCUGGCAUAUGGUAUUUUGUCAAAUGCAAGAGAAAGUGAAAGAUGAGUUUAAGCAGCUCUAGUGCCUGGAAGUCAUGUCAGUACUGUGACUUUGGAGGAGUUGGAUGAAAUGUGUGACGCGAUGCCUGCUAACCAAACGAGUGAGAGUGUGGGACUGGGAGGGCUCCAGGGUCACUGAGCAUGGCCUGGAGAAAUCCAGGAGAAGUUGUGAGGAGCAUGGUUGAGAGGUUAUCCAGGAAUUUAGCAGGGCAGGCAGUGAAAAGGGCCGGAGUGUAACACCUGGGGAAAGGUGGAUUAUGGCAUAAGACUACACAGUGUGUGGAUUUUAAUCCUAGUGCUAAGUUAUACUUGCUGUUCACUGAGGAUAGUACAAUAUUAGCCUGAUGAAAGGUAAUAUUUGUUUAGUCCUCAAAGGACUUUGUUGUGGGAAGUUCUGCUCUCAGUUUCUGAGUGCUGCAUUGAAUUGGAAGAUGAUCUAGAUUGGAAAGGAUCUCUGGAGGUCUCGUAGUAUAGUCUCUGGAGUCAGAUAGGUUGUGCUAUGCCUUGAACAUCUUUCAGGAUAGAAAUCCUACAACUAUGGCAGCCUUGGGGGCUUGACUGCCCUCACUUGAAAUACUUUUUUUUCCUUUUCCCCUUUGUGCCUUGUAGAACUUCCCCCUGCUGCAAAUGCACCUCUUGUCCUUUGCACACCACCUUGAAGAGUCUGGCUUCAUCUCAUAACCCCCAUCUGGUAGCUGAAAACAAUUAAAUUCCCCUCUUUUCCAGCUCCCUUAGCCCUUCCUUGUACUAGCUAGAGUUCUAAACCUCUAACCAUCUUAAUGGCUUUCUGCUUGACCUGCUGUACUGUGCCUUGUACUAAGGGGCCCAAAACUGAACACACUUCCUCAAAUGUGAUCUCAUAAGUGCUAAAUAGAGGGAAGUAAUUGUUUUUCUUAACCUGCUGGCCAUGCUCCUGCCAAUACAGGACCCUUUGGUCCAUCUCUCCAAAGCUGCUCUUUGGUCAUUCAAUCAAGAGCCUGCUCUGUUUCGAGGGAUAACUCUGUCCCAAAUGUAGGACUUUACAUUUUACAUCAAGUGUAGCAGUCAGAAUCUGGUUCCUGGGGACUGUUAGAAAAAUAAAGUAUGUUGUUUUCUGUUUAGGGGUUUUCUUUUAGUUAAUAAUGAGAAGAAACAUUUCAUCUUCAAAUACAAAUUUGAAAGUUGCAGAUAAAUAUAUAGAAGAUAGGGCAUCCACAACAAAAAAUGAUUUUCUUAAUACAAUCUAUCAGACCAUGUUUUUUUCCUUCAAGUGAAAAAACCAAACUGAAUUUAGAUCUUACACUGUUCUGGCAGUAGGAAUGCAGAGAUUGUUUUUUUGCUAUGCACUGAUCAAUGGAAUGUCUUAGGUGCAUAGUAUGAACCAUAUUGCUUGCAGAAGUAUAUGAUUUUUAGUGCUUAAAAUACUUGCUUCUGUCUUCUGGUACACAUGCCAUUUCAAGCGAAUAGCUAAAAGAGAAAUGAGGAUAUGGGAAAUCAUUUUGUUUUCUUGCAAGUUUGUACUAAACCCCUGACAUACAAACCCUAAAACAAUCCCUUCAUCUGUUCCAUCUGAGGAGACCAGAGCACUUUGGUGGCCUGUUUGGAUGAGGGCAUGAGACACUGACAAGCAGGUGGCCCUGUCUCCAGCUCACCAGGUGUGUUUGGGUGGUAGAGAGGUGAGCUGUAGCUCUUGGGAGGUGUUUUUGUACUCUGUCGCUAAUAUUAAUGACAUUAGAUGUGAUUCCCUAAUACCCCAUGUUGUAAGGUCUUUGCCAAAGUCUAUUGCUCUUAUCAGUGGCCCAUGGCAAAAUGGAGCCCUCAUCUUCCUUUGGGGUUUCUAACAUAAGCCAACUGCAUAUUUUGAUGUCUGUAUUUUUAUUUCUCUGAAUGGGAAAAAUCUUACUCUAUCAUCUGCCCAGCUGCCAGUUCAGUGUAAUUUGUUCCUGAUGGCUAAUGAAGGGCUUUUGUCUGAAUGAGAGGCGAAAAAUUUGUAUGUUAAUUUAGAGACCACAUCGUGCUUCUAAGGGACAAGAUGGGAAUAAUAGACAUGGACAACUUCUGAAGACUUGCAUCUAUGAAAGACAAGGAAGUUGUCAGUGAUUUAAAGAAGUGUCAGAUCAGGGCCUAAAGCCAAAUGAGAUAUAUAGGUACAGAAGAGCCAAGCUGUAAGAUUAGGGCUAUGAAAGUUGUUCUGACACAAUUACGGAAAAUUAAGGCAGCAGCAGAAGUGAUGAUGUGCAAAUUAAAUGUUUUGGGCACUCUUUUGGCACUGGUUUAUUUUAAUAGGUUUUGGGUUAGCCUCAGAUGAAGGCAAGAUCCUUGACAGUCUACAAAGUGAAAGACAGAUCUUGAAGACACUUUAAGGGUGGCAGAAAUUGGAGUGAUUUAGGCAGUGUGCAGCAUAAGUAAAGAGAUGCUAAAUAAAGAGAUUUAAGUGAUCUUCAUCAGUUCAUGUAAUCACACAGAUAAGACUGGUAUCAAAACAGGUAUCUGAAUUUGUUUGCUUAUUCUGGUCCCUAAGGCAUCAUCUGUCUGUACUUCAGUUAAAAACUGCAAUCCUUGGAAAGCAUGGAUUGCUGCUUUAUUUGUCUCCCUGUCUGACACUGAGCACAACAGAAUCUGGGUCUUAAGAUGUAAUUCCAGAAUAGGUGCUGAAUUUACAUCGGUCUGUGGUAUCAGGUAAAGAGUGUGAGGGGGGCUGUGGGCCCCCUGCCCUGUUCAGAAGCAGUGGGACCCUGGCAUUUGCUGCUGCUUUGGUUUCUGCAGCCUGCAAAAUAUUGAAUCCCCAGCUGCGUAGAGAAGGAGUUAUCAUUGCUGUGUGGUUUUAUUUUUGCUCUCUACAAAAAGAAACAAGUGGCAAGAUUUAAAUGGGCAUUUGUUGUGAAGUACUUUUUUUAUACAUCAUGCCUUGACAUUCAGAAGAUGGCUGUUUACCACAAUAGAGUCAAUAGCUGAACUAUUUGGGGGUUAUGGUGUGUGUUGAAGGUAUUGUUUUGCAUAGCAUGUGGUUUUUUUAAGGAUUGUCAUCUCAGAGGAACAAGAAUAUCUUCAACUAGUACUACUUGGCUUGGGUUUAUAUUUGUAUUUUAAGAGAAAAAUAUAUAAAAAGUGAGAUUAAAAUAAAAUAUUAAAAAUUAAAAGAUUAAAAAAUAAAAUUACAAAAUAAGAACUGUGUUGGAAAACAAAUUAAUGUAAAAUUUGUUUGUAGUUUUAAUAUUAUAAAUGAAAUGCGUAUCUUGUGGAAUAUUAACAUCGAAAAACCAACCAAAAAUGCCCAUAAACUCAAGUUCUGUUUUCUUAGGAAAUGAUUUUCAGUAGAAGCCUUUCCAGAGGAUUGGAUAGAAAUGUCUAGCCUUACAUUUACUGUUGCAAAUUCUAAUUCAGGCAAUGGCAGUGGUAAUUGAAAAUAAUGUAAUUGUUUCUUUUUGGCACAGGUGACUUGAACAAACAGUCUAAAUAUAGUUUGAGCUGGACAUGCUGUUAAGAUACAUAACGUUAAGGUAUUUGGCAAAAACUGAAAACUCUUGACAGUCAGGUCAGAUUAAGGAACUUGAAGUUUUUCCACCAGGGCUGACAAUAAUGGUGAACCUUUCUGUUUGAAGCAGCUUUUACUUGAGUACUGGGAUUUUUUUGGUCUAAUUUCCAAAUAGAUUCAACAGUUAAUUUUUGUACCUUCUGGGAAAAAUAGGAGGUGUUUAAGUCAAUUCACUUCAAUUUGAUUUUGUUUCUGUGUUAUUUUUGCAAGUUUCUUGUUUCUGUGAGAGGCGUUUUGUCAUACAUACAGAUAUAGUUCAGUGACCACAGAAAACAUAGUUUGAGACUUGCAAACAAAAGGAUAAUGGUAAGAUGCCUUUUUAUUUCCCCUCAAAUCUGGGUUUCAGGAACUUGCAUCACUGUUACGUUAUGGCCUUAAAUCAAACAGCUUGGGAAGUGAACUAAGAUCCUACUGUAACAAUCCAAAUGCAGUUGGAAUGAUUGUGGCUGCUGCGUGUUCUCAACACAAGGAGAGUCCUGAUGCAGCCCUGGGGUUGCAAGCUGCUCACAUCAAUCAUGUACCAACGCUUCAAGAUGCACUGGGAUUUCAGUAAACCUUCUCCAGCUUUGUGUUCCUGUUAUGAUAGAAGUCCCAUCAAGGAUUGUUUUCUCUCUCCUCUGCAUAUGAUUUUUUUUUAAACUUUUGAGGAAUAUUGCAUUGGCCUCUUUCCUCCUCCCCUCCCCUUCAAAUGGAGAGUGAAAAGCACUUCCAGAAUGUAACGGAAGAAUGGCUGAUUCAGCCAGUAAAUGCAUGAUGUUUCUAAAUAACCUUUUCUGGCAAGUUCUCUUUUUAGUAAGUAAAAGAGUUAAAUUCAGAGUGUUGAUUAAACAAAACACUCCAAACCAUAUUUAAGUGUGGGUUUUGUUUGUUUUUUAUGCCUAGCCCUGGCUAUACUUCCUGAUCUUAAGCAUUUGUUGUACUACACCACCUGUAUCAUGUCCUGGCUGUGUUUGCUUGGGACUGGGGUUGCUGCGGAGGAAUCCUGUAAAUUAAUAAACUUCAGUCUUAUAAUAAAACUUGUUUGUAUUUA